CAGCGGGGAAGGUCCCAGCGGGGGUCAGCGGCAGGUGGCGGUCCCCCCGCGGCCGGCUUUGGCCCUGGAUCUGCGUCGUAGCGGGCCCACGACGCUUCUAGAAGUACCAGCCCGCCCAGGGCGGGUGGGAGGGCUGUGGCCGCUGAAUCCAGGCUGCAGAAGUUUCCCGCGCACCCAGUCGGGACUCUGCUUUAACAUCCAGAAGACUGUCCUUCCAGGUCGCCGUAUCUGCCAGCAGGACCAUCCCGCCUGGGCCACUAGAUGAGCAGACAACUCUGAUGUGAACAGAGUGCCAACAAGGGACCGCCCUUGAGUUUUGUGUUUUAGCAUUUCCCAGCUUUCCACAUCUCUGCAUUUACGUUGAGAAAAUGAAGCAGUUGAAAAGGAAAAGGAAAAGCAAUUUUAGUGUUCAAGAAACUCAGACCCUUUUGAAAGAAAUUACAAAGCGGAAAGAAGUCAUUUUCUCCAAGCAGCUCAACACAACGAUCAACGUGAUGAAGCGGAUGGCCUGGGAGGAGAUCGCGCAGUGCGUGAACGCCGUGGGCGAGGGCGAGCAGAGGACAGGGACGGAGGUAAAGAGGAGGUACCUGGACUGGCGGGCGCUCAUGAAGAGGAAGAGGAUGAAGGCGAACAUUAAGCUGGUGGGCUCAGGGUUUCCCCUUCCCACGUCCGACUUAGAUGACUCUCUCACCGAAGAGAUCGAUGAAAAGAUUGGAUUCCGCAAUGAUACGAAUUUCGACUGGCAGAACGUGGCGGAUUUCCGGGAUGCGGGUGGAUCCUUAACUGAGGUCAAAGUGGAAGAGGAAGAAAGAGAUCCCCAGAGUCCCGAAUUUGAGAUUGAGGAGGAGGAAGAAAUGUUGUCAUCCGUCAUACCGGAUUCCAGGAGGGAAAACGAACUUCCAGAUUUCCCACACAUCGAUGAGUUUUUUACUCUGAACUCAACACCAUCUAGGUCUGCCUACGAUGAGCCCCAUGUGCUGGUGAACAUAGAGAAACAGAAGCUGGAGCUGGAAAAACGGCGCCUGGACAUCGAGGCGGAGCGGCUGCAGGUGGAGAAGGAGCGGCUGCAGGUGGAGAAGGAGCGGCUGCGGCACUUGGACCUGGAGCACGAGCGGCUGCAGCUGGAGAAGGAGCGGCUGCAGAUGGAGCGCGAGAGGCUGAGGCUCCAGAUCGUCGGCUCGGAGAAGCCGUCUCUGGAAAACGAACUCGGCCAGGGAGAGAAGUCCAUCCUUCAGCCACAGGACAUAGAAGCAGAGAAGUUAAAACUGGAGAGAGAACGCUUACAGCUGGAAAAAGAUAGGCUGCAGUUUUUGAAAUUCGAGUCGGAGAAGCUGCAGAUUGAAAAGGAACGCUUACAAGUAGAGAAGGAGAGACUUCGAAUUCAGAAGGAGGGACACCUGCAGUGACGGAUCUUGGUCCCCGUUGAGCCAGUGUGCGGAAACCAUAGAUUUUUCUCUGUAUCUAGUAAUAUAAAGAUGGUUGCAAGAUUAGCUCUGGUUUUUUCCUGUUUAAUGUCUGUUUCAAUAGGAAAAAGAUAGUUAAGUGUGGGUCACUGUAUACUUACGUAGCACAUUACAUAAAAAUGACGUAUGCAUAAACAGUAUGGCCGAAACUGUUGUGCUGUACUCUGAAUUAGUACGACCACAUAGCGUCUUGGAUCAUCGGUGCACUCAGAGUUGACGGCUACGUCUACGUAGAAUUCUAGCUCCAACUUCUGGCUCGUGGUUCUCAACAGGGGGGGUGAUUUUGACCCCUGGAAAACCUUUGGCAACAUCUGGAGACAUUUUUGGUUGUCAGAAUGGGGGCGUGGGUAGAGGCCAGCGUGCCUACCUGUGUCCUGCCUGUCCUGCUGUGCGCGGGACAGCUCCCCGCCCCACGUCAUCCCACACAAAGCAGUACUGCUGGGGCAGAGAAAUCCUUUCCUAGCUUGACUGUGCACCUCGAGCACUCUGGUUUCUAGUUUCAGAAUAUUAAAGCCUCAGCUAUUUAAAUGGGUAGUUACUUAAAUGGCCAACACCUUUAACUAUGUAACAUUAGUGUGUAGUGUAUUGAACAUAGGAAGUGGUGAAGAUUGUAGAUGUUUUAUCCCCGCGUUUCUCUCUGUAACCUGAGACUCUGAAAACUGCAGGGAAUUCAGAGAUUGUACAGGAUGGGUCACUUUGAAGAGCAGUUCAUUCCUCUAGCUGUUGAUGCUUUCGAAGCCACACAGGCUGACUAAGGUUUAGUUCCCUUUUUUCUUUGAAUUCAUGGUCUUAGUUUCGGUAGAAAAAUUGUCAUUUCAACCAUGUACUGAAAUCUUAAUGUAAGUGAAGGUUGAAGCUAGUAAAAAUGGUACCAAUAUAAAAAUGGCACCAGUAGUCCAUGAGCUUGUAAUCAAUGAGUGGUUACUUUUUAAAUGAAUCUUAGCAGCUAUGUGGGCAUGGGGUGGGGGAUGGGGAGAAUGUCCUCUGUGUCAGGUGGGGAUGAUGAUGAUGAUAGUAGCUGUGUGUGAAUGGAUUAGGGAUGCACUUAUCACACACUAUCGGACCUAAUCUGUAGUAUUGAUUAUUAUUCCUGGGUCUGAGGCUCAGAGAAGGAACACUGAGUGAAAGUCUAUGGUGUAUUUUGUCUCUGCCCCUCCCUGCAGAACGAAGUUUGUAUCUUCAGUCCCUGUGGUGUCUGUUCUGAGACCAAGGGCUUGCUGUAACCUUGUGGCUCACCUUCAGUCCCCUGCAAGUGCUGUUUACACAACCCAGGUGACCCCAAGGCGCACUAACCUUGAGAAUCGCUGCACGAGAUCACUUUGUAUUUUCUGAUUUCCAGGGCUGACAGUGUAGCUUUAAGCCAUGUCUUCUGUUGACAGAUUCGACCUGGAUUCUGCGUUUGUUCCUUGUUAACUUAAGAAUGUCUUGACACCGUAUGUGACGUUUGAGUUGGGGCCUCGAAGGAGAAAAUAUACUUCUGUUUCGUUACCUUGACUUUGAAAUAGUGUUAUUUUUCUAUAACGAAAUAAAUGCUUCUACCGUAGAAAUAAAAUUUGCCUAUACCAACUAUCUGAAAGUUUAUGACGUCCAGGGCUAACCAGCGCGUUGAGGAUUGAGGUUUUUAAGCGGGACGAGAGCCUCAGCAGCGAGUGUUCGCGUCUGUGGCAGGCACCGAGCGAGGUGCUCUUCCUACGUGAUUUAUUCGCUCUCCAGAGCAGCUCUUGAGCUAAGUUGUGUCCCUGCUUUUACCAGAAAGGACAUAGGGCCUCAAUUCAGUGACAUACCUGAAGAAGGAUAUGCCAGUACUGACCCUGAGGGCUCGAAGGAGGAGGAGCGAAAGUCUGCAGGUGCCCUUGGAAGCAGUGCUUGCAUGAAGGGUCCUUUCAGCACCCCGUGAUCGGAUCUCGUUUGUAAAGUGGGCGCCACCGCACCUGCCCUGCCUGCUUUAAAUAAAACGGCGCCUAAACUGUAGAAUGCUACUUACACGCGAGGGGCUGUCCGUGUUUAGACGUAGCAAGAUGAGUAGGUUGUAAUCCCCGGAAGCAAGCAGAAGAGCCCAUACUGGUUUGGGUGGGGCACUCUUAGGUUCCCACGAGAGGUGUCUGUGUUCUUUUCCAAGCAGCAGCAGCUUGUCUUCAGGGCUUCCGUUGAGGAGCCUUGGCUUUCUUAGCCCUCCCCCAGGCGUGGGGGGAUUGGGUUGGUUCACGCCACCAGAAAACCUCACUGUUGGGUUUCUGCGUCCUGGGGGUUCCUCUGGUCUGCAGGUCGACCAGGGGGUUCAGCUUCUGCAGGGUGGGGUGACUCCGCUCUCCUCACGGUGUUUGAUCCUCUAACAAAACAGCUGAGGCUUGAGGUCGUGGGGAUGGCAGGAAUUCAAACGGAGGAGAGAUGCUCCGGGUGUCCCGAGGCCAAGGAUCAGAGCGGGCCUGCACGUCCGCGGCACCGCCGUUGCCGAAACAAAUCACGGACCGGACCGGAGUGGAGACUGGAGGCAGGAGCUGCGAUGCUGUUCUGCGGAAGAUGGGGUACGGGGACGACUGAGGAGCUGUGGCCGCGUGGGUUUGCUGGGGGCGCUCCCCACACCAGCGGUCUUGCUGGCUGCGGGCUUCGCGGAGGUCCUGGACCGAAGUUCCCUGGCGUGGACACAGUUCUACGGUCAUUCUGCUCAUAAGGAUGCCCUUUCGUAAAGAUGCUGGUUAGAAGAAGGGAGGGCCCGUACAUUUGCAGUACAAGAAAGUAUUCCCUCAGGCUUUUCUUGCAAACUAGGCACUUAGUCUUCCGAACUGGACAGAAUUCUUGCUCUCUUCUCUCAUUUUCUACCUCAUUUGUCCGUUUUGUACUGGUUUUUUCUCCCCUCUUUUCAGUCUCUACCUCGUCUGCGUCAUCACUUCUAUCCUGAACAGAAAAGCAGAUCCUAGUUCUGCGAGGAUAUUUUAUUUUAAAUUAAUAGCUACCUUUCCUACCUUUCUGACCUUCGCUGUGUUUUGUUUCGAGCUCAACGUUUUUCCUUGGGUCACUCUGCUUGUGCUUUCACGUUCUACUUCCGCAAAGGGAAAUUUCUUAAAUCUUGUGACUUUUAAUCUGUCGAGGCUUUCCAGUCACUCUUGUCAGACCACAGGUCUUCCUCCCGGAACACUAACCGCCUGUCUGCUUUUCCAGUCUGUAGCUUCUGUCUGACGUGUGUGCUCCUUUACACGCGUCACACCAGGCGGGGUUAACGCAGUGCCUGCCUUAAAACCCAGAGGAGGACGGUUGAAUGUAUCACUUCGAGCACAAAUCAGAAAGGGUUUAGCGUAAGUACAGCUAGAAGACAGCCAAAGAAGACCUGUCUUCUUGGGGGGAAAGAUGCUAAACUGGUUGCUGAAGUCCCGAGAGAUGCAUUUACCACUAUCCAGAGAGGCACCACGACCCUGCUGUUUGAACCCAGACCAGUGAAACGGGGGAAAAGACAAUGAUCUUGCAGUUUGGAUUUUGACAACGAAGUUCUGAGAAGGACUUUCUCAAUGAAUUUCAUCAGGAAAUACCCUUUAUUUUUUUACCAUUUAUUUUUCUGAAGUGACCCAAUCACCUUUAAAAAAAAAUAAGUUGAAACAGAAAGUCCAUCUGCCACCUCCAAACUCACGGGUCGUCCUUAGUGCGGUAGUGCUUCCUGCCCCUUCCUUUCUAAUCCUCCCUGCACGACACUUCCAGAAUAGAUGUCCCCAAGCACUGCCUUUAUUAUGUCCUGAGAAUUAACAGGACAUGAAGUCGUGGAAGACGAGAGUUCUGGAAAGACCACAAGUCCGGUCUCAGCGCUACCUUACUAGCUGGGAUGUGGCGGGUGUCAGUGCCUCUGAGCCUCAUUCUUACUAAUCAGCUUAAGGCUAGAAAUCAGCUCAAAGAUACUAGAAAUUUGUCUUCCCUCUCACGGGUCCCCCAGUUCCUUCUGAAUCAAGUGUAAUGUCCUCAAAUGUUCUUUGCCGUGUUUAAGAUGUCCUCCUACCCACAUCACCAAAAUAACGUUUGUCAAGCUGCUCUCCAAAGACUUCAUGCAUUUCCCUUCCCUUCGCGUUGGAUCAUGUUGCUUUCACCCUUGACCUUUUCAUUUUCUAUCCCAGAGUGACCAUCAGCAGAGCAAAGCUUUUUCAGAUCCGGGGAAUGGUCAUUGCCAUCGCUCUCUACUGUAAUUUUAAAAUAACCAAAAUUAAUUUCACUGAAUAAAAUUGGAAUAUUUUAUCAU